UUAAUAUGGUUGAUCAUGUCUCUCUCUCUCUCUCUACAAUCUUCGAAUGGAACUGGGCGUCGCCUCUUCCAUUUUUAACUGAAACCCAAAAAACCAACCAUUCGGGAAAUUCAUUCCGCUUCUGCUCCGAGUCGACUCACCUACUCGCCCCUUUUUCCCUCCAUUUUCUCUCACUUUCCUUUCGAUUCAACCCUUUUCUUUGCUCAUAUGUGUUCAAUUAUCGGAUUUUGAUUAGUCAUUGCUGAGUUUUCAUUUUUCAAAAUUAGGGUUUGUAUAUCGUCACCAACAUUGGUUUUGCAUAUAAAUUCUGAUUAAUUUAGUUGAUCGAUUCGUUAUUUUUAUCAUUUAUUGGAUUAGCUGGAGAUUUUGUUGGUGUAUAUAGUCCCAGAUUUAUGUUCACCCCGUUUUUCCUUUGAAUUUAUCGAAAAAGAGCUUAAAUUUCUGAGACCUUGUUCGAAUAGAAUUCUUUGAUUGUUCAAUAAGAUUGUACGUUUUGGUACUUUUGAAUUAUUGAGUUUGAAUAUUUGGGAAAGAAUUUUGGGCAAAAUGUGGCUUUGUUGGAUGAUCUGAUCAGGGAGAUUGAAUUCGGAACAGGGUGAUUAUUGUUAAUGGGAUUAAUAGAGAUUGAUUUGAAUAUUUGAAUUCAAGGGGGAUAGGAUUUCUGAGAUUGGUAUUUGAUGGGGAACAAUUGUGUUGGACCCAAUUUGGGCAAAAAUGGGUUCUUGCAGUCUGUUACAGCGGCAGUUUGGAAAACCCGGCAACCAGAUAACACUCUUCCUCCUCCUAAUAAAGAUGCCAGCACCAACAACAAUGAGGCAAAAAAAUCGGAGAAAAUUUCAGAUUCAGCUUCUGCCUCCUCUAAAGGAGGAGGAGGAGGAGGAGGAGGAGGAGGAGAUGGGUCUGAGCCUCUGGUUCGUGUGCAAAGCACGCCACCAGAACCGGUUAAAAUAGCUGGGGACGAGCCCAAAAGUGUUGACAACAUGAAGUCUAUCAAGCGGGAGAUAACGAUUACAAGAGGGGAGGGGAGUAAGAAGGCAAUGCCAAGCCAUUUUAAGCGAAUGUCAAGUGUGGGACUUCAAGUUGAGUCUGUGUUGCAGAGGAAAACGGGUAAUUUGAAGGAGGUUUAUAGUCUUGGGAGGAAGCUUGGGCAAGGGCAAUUUGGGACAACGUUUCUUUGUGUGGAGAAGGCAACUGGGAAGGAGUUUGCUUGCAAAUCCAUUGCAAAGAGGAAGUUGACGACCGAAGAGGAUGUGGAGGAUGUUAGGAGGGAGAUUCAGAUAAUGCACCAUUUGGCAGGGCACCCGAAUGUGAUAUCUAUUGUGGGUGCUUAUGAGGAUGCGAUUGCUGUUCAUGUUGUUAUGGAGCUUUGUGCAGGCGGGGAGCUUUUUGAUAGGAUAAUACAGAGGGGACACUAUACGGAGAGAAAAGCAGCUGAGCUUGCAAGGAUAAUAGUUGGUGUGGUUGAAGCAUGCCAUUCUUUAGGAGUGAUGCACCGGGACUUGAAGCCUGAGAAUUUUCUCUUUGUUAACCAGGAAGAGGAGGCACCUCUUAAAACAAUCGACUUUGGGCUCUCAGUGUUCUUCAGGCCAGAUGAAAGCUUCACUGAUGUGGUUGGAAGCCCUUAUUAUGUGGCCCCAGAAGUUUUGCGAAAACAUUAUGGUCAAGAAUGUGAUGUUUGGAGUGCCGGGGUUAUCAUAUAUAUUUUACUGAGUGGGGUUCCACCUUUUUGGGAUGAAUCGGAGCAGGGAAUAUUUGAGCAGGUUUUAAAAGGCGACCUUGACUUUGUAUCAGAACCAUGGCCUAGUAUAUCUGAGGGUGCAAAAGAUCUUGUGAGGAGAAUGCUUCUAAGAGACCCCAAAAAGCGGCUGACAGCCCAUGAAGUUCUUUGCCACCCUUGGGUCCAGAUUGAUGGUGUAGCUCCUGAUAAACCUCUUGAUUCUGCUGUCCUAUCUCGUCUGAAGCAAUUCUCUGCAAUGAACAAACUCAAGAAGAUAGCCAUCAGGAUCAUCGCGGAAAGUUUGUCUGAAGAUGAAAUCGCAGGAUUGAAAGAACUGUUUAAGAUGAUAGACUCAGACAACAGUGGACAAAUCACACUUGAGGAACUGAAAAAGGGCUUGGAAAGAGUAGGCGCAAAUCUUAAGGACUCAGAAAUUAAUGGAUUAAUGCAAGCAGCAGAUGUUGACAACAGUGGUACUAUAGACUAUGGCGAGUUCAUAGCUGCAAUGCUCCAUCUGAAUAAAAUCCAGAAGGAGGAUCAUCUAUUUGCAGCUUUCUCAUAUUUUGACAAAGAUGGAAGUGGGUACAUUACUCAAGAUGAGCUCCAACAGGCCUGUGAGCAGUUUGGUUUGGGAGAUGUUCACUUAGAAGAAAUUAUCAGUGAAGUUGAUCAGGAUAAUGAUGGGCGUAUUGAUUACAAUGAAUUUGUGGCGAUGAUGCAAGACACCAGUUUUGGGAUGAAGGGUUUGCAGAACAGCGGGAGCAUUGGAUUGAGGGAAGCCUUCAAGCUUGGUUAAUCCUUGAUCCUGGUAAUUCCCACAUCACCACAUUCAAAGUUUUGUAAUUCUGUCUAAUUUUUCUUUUUGAUUCUCCGAUGAAUUGGAAGUGCAAGCAUACCUUUGUAAAGAUCAGUCAGGCUUCAAGGAUGGAAAGCGAGUGCUCUUAUCUCGUUUUGAAUUUUUUGCAUUUUGUAUUUCUAUUCAGGUUUCAAUUCAUUACUUGAAUUAGGUCUUUUCAUUUUGUUUUUUGGAAAUCCUGGACAACACUGUUCAUAACAUUCCAUAUCUUUAGUUGAUAUUUUUACUUUUUUGAAAUACCCAGCAGCUUUAAGAGUAUUUUGGUACUUUA